CUGCAAAAAUACGGGCAGCUGUUUGUGUCGGAGGUGCGGGCCUUUCUGUGCGAGAACCGUCUGGUGCAUUUACUGCGAGAAGAAGAAAAACCCAACUCCCCCCCAGGGGCCUCUGCCAGCAGUUUGCCUUCAGCCAGCGCAGCUGCAGAAGAGGAGUUCAUUUGUGUAGGGGGGCCCCCCGGGAUCCCCGAGGGGCCCCCUCCCCGGGGCCCCCCCGGGGGGGCCCCCAUGGGGCCCCCCGGCUGUGCCCUGUCGCAGCAGCCCUUAAACCCACCCAGCACUCAGUUUUGUUUCUCUCAAAGUAUGUACUUCAUGAGGGGCCCCCAGCCCCAGCCGGGGCCCCCAACAGGCCAGGGCGCCCCCUGGGGGGCCCCCCAAGGGCCCUCACCUGCGGGCCCCGGGGGCCCCCAGGGGCCCCCGGGGGCCCCCCAGGAGGGUACUGGCCUGCGGGGCCUGGGGGUGGUGGAAAGGAGGCCCCAGAUCUUUGGGAUCCUGAAGACUUGGAAUGUUUAG